AUGGAGUGCCCAUUUAUGUGCGGUUUCCAUGCAACCAAUGACCACCUAGCAGAGACUGAAAUCACGGCUCACAUUGAGCUGCACCAUACCCCAGAGUCUCAUUUCGCAGUUGAAGAUGAGGACCUGAAUUUAGCUCUUGCGCUGCAAAGAGAAGAAGAGAGACAAGUAUUCGCUGAUACCAAAAGUCAUGACUCGUCUGCCAAAGACUCGGACNACAAGAAAGAAGGAGCCGCUAACCUUGUGGACGAUGACUUCCCUUAUGCUGAAUGUCCUAACACUGAUCUCCGUCAACCCAAGACCAAUCCCCAAAGCCUGACAACCAUCGCUCGAUCUAUCGACCGUCAUGACAAGAAGUCUUCUCAGACCAAAAAUGCUGCAAUCUUGGCAGAGACCAGAGCGAAGGGAAUACGUCUUGGUCUUGGACCGUAUGCAUUCGAAGACAGGAUGCCUGAGAGCAUGCUCAAGCGUUUGCGAACUGGCGAACCAACGAGACGUGUGAAUCGUAUCGGCAGGGAUGGUCGGAUCUGUACCGAGCGCAUUGUGGACAACGAGGUUCCUGGGCUCAUCCCAGUCAUCGCACGACUCUGCCUUGCUUCAUCCAGCGAUCUCCAGACCGUUCAUCUUUGUCACCCCAGCGUUCAACACGUACAUAGGGGUACCAACCCUGGCCAUNUUUGUGGCUACCGCAACAUUCAGAUGCUCGUUUCGUUCAUUCAAGGCACAAAGGCAAAAGGCCAUGAACGUUUUGGGACGGACUUGCCGGGUAUCUUGCAAAUCCAGGACUUGAUCGAAGAAGCCUGGGAUGGAGAUCCAUACAAUCUUGGCAGACAGGAGACGNGGGGCAUCUGCAACACAAGAAAAUGGAUUGGCACUCCAGAGGUAGGCAAAAUUCAGUUGUGGAGAUCGCCAUUCUUGUCUGACUCUGGUCCAGNNGUGGCUUCUAUCUGCAAGCAUCUAUAUCUCAAUCACUCCGUGCACUCCUUCAGCGGCGUGAAANACAGGAGAGCACAUGAGCAGCUGCUUGACUUUGUUGAAAAAUACUUCUCGCAAGAUGCCGAAGGACCAACCUCAAACUCCAAAGUGCACGGAUCUCAUCGUCCUCCGCUCUUCUUCCAGCAGCCAGGCCACUCCAUGACAGUGAUUGGCAUAGAGCGCUACAGCGAUGGGACUCGCAGUCUGCUGGUCUUCGACCCCGCAUAUGAACCACCUAAGCAGCUUGCGAAUAUGGUCACAGGAUCAUCAAGCGCUGCAACACCCGCCGGAAUUGCUAGACGUCUCCUCAGAUCCUACAGACGUGGCGCUUCUCAGCUUGCCAAGUAUAAAGAGUUCGAAGUACUGAAGUAA